CUGAUUUUGAUUUCGAUUCCGAUCUGAGUCGGAGCUCAACGGUUAUGGUUGUGGUUUAGCCUCAGUCGCCCACUGACUGUGUUUUUGUUCCCCAUAGACAAACAACAAACCUGAGGAUGACGUCUCCAAUUCGCUACUACUAUGACCUGAUGUCACAGCCCUCGAGGGCAUUGUUCAUUAUCUUCCGGCUGAGUAACAUGCCCUUUGAAGACUGCGUGGUGGCUCUGCGAAAUGGCGAUCACUUGACCGAAGACUUCAAGCAGCAGAUAAACCGCUUCCAGCGCGUGCCCUGCAUCCACGACAAUGGGUACAAGCUGGCCGAGAGUGUGGCCAUCCUGCGCUAUUUGAGCGCCAAGGGCAAGAUCCCCGAGCAUCUGUAUCCCAAGUACUUUGUGGACCAGAGUCGCGUGGACGAGUUCCUCGAGUGGCAGCACAUGUCCCUGCGCCUCACCUGCGCCAUGUACUUCCGCACCGUGUGGCUGGAGCCGCUCCUGACCGGACGCACUCCAUCGGAGGCCAAGAUCGAGUCGUUCCGCAUGCACAUGGAGCGCAAUCUCGACGUGGUCGAGGAGGUCUGGCUGGAGGGCAAGGAUUUCCUCACCGGAUCCACUCUCACCGUGGCGGACAUCUUUGCAGCCUGCGAAAUUGAACAGACUCGCAUGGCCGACUACGAUGUGAGGAUCAAGUACCCCAAGAUCCGAGCCUGGCUGAAGAGAGUGCGCCAAAGCUGCAAUCCGUACUACGAUGUGGCCCACGAGUUCGUCUACAAGAUCUCGGGAACGGGUCCACAGGCCAAGCUCUAAAGUCCAUUAUUCAUGGUGCCAUUUUGUACAUAGAUCAUUAUCAUUUUUGGGGAUAUACAAGUAGAUAAGUUAAAUAAACACGAAAUACACAAACAA